AUCACCCCUGGAUGGUAUCGCUUCACUGGUGUUUCUGGUAACCCAAAGAUGCCCACUACAUGCCCACCUGUGCGUCGUUGUGGUACUCAUGCCCCAGGAUGGAUCAAAGGACUACAUCCUUCUGUGGCAGACGGUCAAGUGACUCGGGAAGUUUGUUAUCAUUGGUCAAACAAUUGCUGUCGGUGGAAAAACAACAUCAAAGUCAAGAACUGUGGUGCCUUUUACGUGUAUGAGCUGCAAAAAACGCCUGCAUGCUCGCUUCGAUACUGUGUUGCAUCUAAUGACCCAUGCAGCAACUACAAGAGCCUCAAUGCAGCCGACCGCCUCGAAUCUUACACUGGACAAAGCCCAGUUCGAUGUGAUCAGAGAGAUAUCACCCCUGGAUGGUAUCGUUUUACUGGUGUUGCUGGUAACCCAAAGAUGCCCACUACAUGCCCACCUGUGCGUCGUUGUGGAACGCAUGCCCCGGGAUGGAUCAAAGGACAACAUCCUUCUGUGGCAGACGGUGAAGUGACCCGUGAAAUUUGUUAUCACUGGUCAAACAAUUGUUGUCGGUGGAAAAACAACAUUAAAGUCAAGAACUGCGGUGCCUUUUACGUGUAUGAGUUGCAGAAAACGCCUGCAUGUUCGCUUCGAUACUGUGUUGCAUCUAAUUCUAAUAACCCAUGCAGCAACUACAAGAUCCUCAGUGCAGCCGACCGCCUCGAAUCUUUCACUGGACAAAGCCCAGUCCGAUGUGAUCAGUGAGAUAUCACCGCUGGAUGGUAUCGCUUUACUGGUGUUGCUGGUAACCCAAAGAUGCCCACUACAUGUCCACCUGUGC